CGGGCAGCUGAGUGGGCGCGCCGGUCGCACGACGGGCCGAAACGAGAUCGUCGGGUGUUCGCGGGCAGCCCGCGCACACGCCAGGAGCAAUGGCGUUGGAUCGCGUUGCAGGGGAGGUGUCGGAAGAGCUGAGGCUAUCCUUCGAAAGCUGGACCGAUGCGACGCGGCUGCUGCAGUUUCCAUCCACAGACUGUGUGUACAGGCCACCCAGCAUGCGCGCCAAAAUCUUGCGCGCGCUGCCGAUAGAAUCGACAUUCACGUACGCGCGGUUGAUGGAAACCGUCGCGAAGCUCGGAGGAACCAUGCGAGAUGUGACGGUCAUGGCGACGCACCUCAACCAUCAGACGAUUGUCGCCGUCGGGCAGCACCGAAUCCCGGACAAGCGGCUGCGCAACAGUCCACCGCCCCGGGUCACGCCGUCGAAGCGGCGGAGGACAGAACCAGAACCGGUCGACGACGACGACCGCACGGAGGAUUAUGCGGGCCCGCCCGUGGAUGUCUCGGAGCAGGAGCUCGACGCAGCGAAGGCCAAGGCGGCCGCCUUGCGCGCCGCCGCGGCGCUGGCCGACACCGACCUGGCGACCAAGAAGCGGCAACGGCGCGACCAUCGAACGAGAGAUCGAGCGGUUGCAAGCGGCACGGGACGACUUGGAAUCGGACGCCGAGUAAGUACAGGUAUUAUCUUUAGCUAG